CACUCUAAAAAAAUUGAGCGUGUUCCUUGUGGUCGUUUCUCUAUGUUCUUUGGCUUCUUUUCUUGCCUUCACAUCCCUCUACUUGAUAUAUAUUACAUAUAAAUAAACAUAGAGUAGAGCAAUGAAGCAUAGUUCCCACAUCAAUAUCCCAAAAAAUGGUUACCAUAAAAACUUCUCACACUGUGGUUCCAAAUCAACCAACUCCGAAAGGUCGAUUAUGGCUAUCUAAUAGUGACAAUUCCACACGUCCAGCACAUACACCCGUUAUUUACAUAUACAAAGCACAACUCAACAUUGAAUAUGACAUUGAGAGAAUGAGAGACUCUCUUAGUAAAGUUCUAGUGUACUACUAUCCAGUUGCUGGCAGAUUGAGCUUAGCAGAAAGUGGUCGAAUGGAAGUGGAUUGCAACGCAAAGGGAGUGACAUUGAUUGAAGCCGCAACCGCAAAAACAUUUGCUGAUUUUGGAGACUUUUCACCCUCUGAUUCCAUCAAGGAAGAGCUUGUUCCAGCAAUUGAUUAUCAUUCUCAACCUAUACAAGAGAUUCCUUUGCUAUUUGUUCAACUAACAAGAUUCCAAGGUGACCAACAACAAGGCCUUGCCAUUGGAGUUGCUUUCUCACAUCCUGUGGCUGAUGGGUCUGCUUGGAUUCACUUUAUGAACACAUGGGCAAUGGUCAAUAGAGGAGACAUGUUGGAUCUUAAUGAAAUGCCAUUUCUAGAUCGAACUAUACUCAAAUUCCCACCAUCAUCGUUGCAGUCACUGCCGCCGCCGCACUUUGAUCACCCAGAGUUGAAGCCUCUGCCACUCAUACUAGGCAAAUCUGACAGCACUGAAGAGCAAAACAAGAAGACAGCAGCUUCUAUGUUGAAACUCACAUCAAAACAAGUGGAGAUGUUGAAGAAGAAGGCCAACGAUCAAUUAACAAAACAAGGGUCAAGACCUUUUAGCAGAUUUGAAGCUGUGGCUGCACAUAUAUGGAGAUGUGCAUGUAAGGCUCGUGAACUACAUCACAAUCAACCAACUCUUGCUCGGUUCAACGUUGAUUUUCGCAAUCGAUUAAUUCCUCCUCUCCCCAGGAAUUACUUUGGGAAUGCUUUGGUAGCAACAGUGACACCAGAAUGUUAUGUUGGAGAAAUGACAACAAGACCAUUGAGCUAUGCUGCCCAAAAAAUGAGAGAAGCAGUGGCAUUGCUUACAGAUGAGUACAUAAGGUCACACUUAGAAGUUGUAUUUGGUGAGGAGCAAUUGGAUUGCAUAAAGGCUUUUUUCUUGGGACAAGGAGAAGGUAGAUAUGCACCUUUUGGAGGGAAUCCGAAUCUUCAAAUCACAAGCUGGAUCAACAUGCGGGCGUAUGAAACCGAUUUCGGGUGGGGAAAGCCUGUGUAUUUUGGUUUAGGAUAUGUGUGUGCAUUAGAUAGGGGAAUUAUUAUGCGAGGUCCACAAGAUGAUGGUUCUGUUAUUGUGAUCAUGCAUUUCCAGAUAGCACAUAUGCAACUUCUUAAGAAAUUCUUCUACGAGGAUAUAUUCACAUCAAGGUUGUAAUUCGUGGUUGUGCAGACUGAACGAUGACCAUGAAGGUCAAUUUUGAUUUACAUAAUCAGCUUCUUUGGUAUUGUCUCCAUUGGUCAAAUCCUAAACCCUCUCCCCUUACAAAUUUGAGUUUUUUAAUCGUUAAUUAAUUUUGUCGUAUGAGAAGAUGGUUUUUGUGGA